AUGUUCAAGAAGAGAACUUUGAAGGCUGGUAGCGAUGCUAGGAAGAGGAGAAAGGUAGAAUACGAUGAUGGCGAAGGUGAAACAGUGAAAGAGAAACAAAGUGGGGGGGGGACGGGCUUGUUUGGGGAUCUGAAUGAUGACUUAGACGAGAAAAAUGGUGACGGUGGCGAUGGCGCUGAUGCCAAUGAGAACGGUGACAUUGGGACCGAUGAAGCUGAUAAGGAUGACCAUUAUAAUUCCCGUGGGGACACGCCGGCGUCUGGCCAACCAACAAAAUCCGAAAUUGAUCCAACUAGGAAAAUCGGAAGCAUCAAAACGACCCUCUUGAUGGAUUAUCAACCUGACAUAUGCAAAGAUUUCAAACAAACCGGUUACUGUGGCUAUGGAGAUAGCUGCAAGUUUUUACACUCGCGAGACGAUUUCAAAACGGGCUGGAAACUCAAUCAAGACUGGAAAAUCGAACAAGACAAAGAUAUCGAGGUACUUAAGAAGAUACCGUUUAAAUGCGUUAUCUGUAAACAGGAUUACAAGAAACCCAUCGUUACCGCGUGCGGACACUAUUUUUGCGAGGAGUGUUUCAUGCGGUCGGCUAAAAAAACCGCCAAUUGCGCAGUGUGUGGCGAAAACACACAUGGAGCCGCGAGAAGGGCUAAAGAUUUGGAUAGGAUAUUGAAAAGUCAAUCUGGGACUAUUUAG